AUGGCUUCUCCAAUCUUGGUGCAGCCGGAUGUUGCUCAGAGACAGCCUCACCUCGAACUCCUGCCGGCCGAAGUUUUCGAAAUGGUUGCGGAAGUGGCAGAUGAGAAAGACUUACUUGCACUGCGCUUGACUUCCCGUCAGUGCGCAAGCAAGAUAUUGAAGACGUACACCAAAGUCCAUUUCACAGAGAUCUUAUUCAGGCCUCGAGACCUCGCCAGCCUGAUGAAGUGCUUCCGCAUCUCCGGGCAUCCAGUCUUUCGCCAUGUCGUGCGAACCAUCACGAUAUCGAUAGAUCGCUGCGAUCGCAAGGAGGACAAUGUUUGCCAAGUCAUGCAUGACUCUGACUUUGAGAGAAAAGGGCUUGGCCUCUUGUUCGAAUGCCUAGCGCGCUACACCAAAACCACCGCACUCCGUAUCGUUGCGCGAGAGCACCCCGUGGCUACCUCUGAUCCCCGAGAUAGUGGGGAUGUGCAUCCCUACUAUCCCGACUGGAAUUUGAAUAUGACAUGCAAGAGGGUAUUCGUAGACAUCAUGCAAAUUCUGCAAUCGACACCGCUUAACAUCACAUCUCUGGAUAUUGCCACUGGGACAAACUGGGGUUUGCCAAUGCUCGAGCUGAAUGACGCUGAGAUGGACUGUCUGAUUAGCUUGUUGGCACCACUGGAAAGGCUGUCGCUGACUGUGUGGCGGAGUAUCUGCUUGAUAGGACAAGAGUAUGAGGAGAUCGAUCCUCUCGAGCUGAUUCUGGAUGAUCUGCCGUUCGUCGCUCUGGAGCACUUCCAACUUCAAGGUAAACGCAUGGAGGUGUGGACAGAAGUUGAGGAUCUCGCCUGCUCCUUAAGUUCACACAAGAAGACCCUCGCGCCACUCCAUCUGCGGGACAUAGCCGUGAGUGACCGCACUUGGAUCAUCGAUGAAGACAUGGCGGAGCAGGGCGUUGCGGCGAUUAUGGCAAAAAAGUUCGGUUGCGAUCGGAUUAUGGCUGACGCCGAGACGGAUGAGGUGUUUUGGGAUAUUGUAGUGGGUAGAUAG